CCAAAGCCAAAAACCAUAUCAAACAGACUACAUUUCCUUCUUUCUCCUCUCCUUCUCUUCUUGUAUCGUGCACCAUUUCAUUGACCCAUUACUACUUCCUUUGCCGGCUUAAGCCGUCCACAAAACCCCAUAUAAAUAUUUCCGAAUCUUCACCCUCAAAUUUCAGCAACCCAAAUUCUCCAACCCCUCGGAGUUUCCCACUCUCUCUCUCUAAACAUGGUCCGGUUCAUGGGUGUCGUCUACUUCCUCCUCUUCCUCAUACCUCUGUUCUAUGUUCUUAGGUUCUUGUCCAGAACAUCUCUACUUCACAUGGUCGUGAAAUCAUGGCAAUCCUUAAUCGACAGGUUUCAUGUUUACCAGUUCUACAAGGUCCCCCAGUUCAACCACAACUUCCAAGAGAACCAGCUCUACAGGAAAAUCUCUGUCUACCUUAACUCCCUCCCCAACAUUGAAGACUCCGACUUCACCAACCUUUUCUCCGGUUCCAAAUCCAACGACAUAUUCUUCCAACACGACAACAACCACUCCGUACACGACACCUUCCUCAGCGCCAAGGUUUCCUGGUCCAACGAGAAAUCCGAUGUCGACGGAAUCCGGUCCUACGUUUUGAGAAUCAAGAAAACCGACAAGAGACGUGUUUUCCGGCAGUACUUCCAGCACAUAUUGACCGUGUCCGACGAGAUUGAACAACGGAAUAAAGACAUCAAGCUGUACAUGAAUCUCGCCACCGAGAACGAACGGUGGAGAUCGGUCCCCUUCACCCACCCGGCAACCUUGGACACGGUCGUCAUGGACAUGGAGCUCAAGAACAAGGUCCGGUCUGAUCUAGAACAAUUCUUAAAGUCCAAGCAAUACUACCACAGACUCGGUCGUGUCUGGAAACGAAGCUUCUUACUCUACGGUCCUUCCGGGACCGGAAAAACCAGCUUCAUCGCCGCCAUGGCCAGGUUCCUGUCGUACGACGUAUACGACAUCGACAUGUCCAAAGUCUCCGACGAUUCCGAUCUGAAAAUGCUCCUCUUACAAACCUCGCCCAAGUCGUUAAUUGUCGUGGAAGAUCUCGACCGUUUUUUGUCGGAGAAAUCAACGGCUGUGAGUCUCUCGGGAUUGCUGAACUUCAUGGACGGAAUCGUCUCCAGCUGCGGCGAGGAGAGAGUGUUGGUGUUCACGAUGAACGGAAAAGAAGACGUGGACAAGUUGGUCAUGCGGCCGGGUCGGGUCGACGUCCAUAUCCAUUUCCCGCUCUGUGAUUUUUCGGCUUUCAAAAGCUUGGCCAACACGUACUUAGGGGUCAAAGAACACAAGCUGUUUCCUCAGGUGGAGGAGAUUUUCCAGAGCGGCGCGAGUUUAAGUCCGGCGGAGAUCGGAGAGAUCAUGAUAUCGAAUCGGAGCUCGCCGAGUCGGGCCUUGAAGUCGGUGAUAUCGGCGCUGCAGACGGACGUGGAUAACAAGACGACGGUGAAGGUGGCGCAGGCGUUGACGAGUAGCGGGUCGGGUCGGUCGGUGGACGAGUCGGGUGAGCCCGGGACGGUGUUUUGUAGGGAGAGUGUUCACACGGUGAGGGAGUUCAGGAAGUUGUAUGGGCUUUUGAGAUUGGGUAGUAGGAGAAAGGAGGAGCCGCCGGUGGUGCCGUUGGAUAGGAGUUCGUCGGAAAAAGAAGGAUCACGGCAUGAAAGGAUGAUCGUGUAAAUUAAAAAACUUUUUUCUUUUUUCUUUUUAAUUAUUCAAUGCCUUUUGCCAUUACAUUAACUCUUGUAAAAUAACUUCAUAAAUGAGAAAUUUUUUCAUUACCA